AUGUGAAAACAAAUCUUAUUUUUCACAAACAAAAUUUGUUUGUAAAUAUGUAUUGUAACAUCAAUAUUAAAUUUAAAUAACAUGAUCUAUUACAGUCUAAUGAAAAUAAUAAAUUAACUAAUAGCUGAUAAAAACAAUUAUCGACAAUCAUUUAGUAAUUAUUACUUAUUUAUAAUAUUUUACAAUUAAAAUAACAAAAUGUUACACGAACUUUUGUUAUCAAUUUGGGGGUGUUCAACUAGUUUAGAAAAAAUUGUUGAAAGUGACUCAACAUUAUUUGAUAAAUAUUUCCAUCCUGGUGAAAAGGGUAUAAUUAAAAAAGUAUUAAGCAUCGCUAAUGAUUAUAAUACCAUUAAAAAUUUUAUAAAAACCUAUUCAUCUAUUAAUAUUGAUCAAGAAAAUGCUAAUGAUACUGAAACAGAAGUUAGGAUAUUAAAACAAGGCCUAUAUUUGCAAGCCUUGUGUGAUGGCAUGGAUCAAUCUUUGGAGCCUUUUGCAGAUGAAAUAAUACAACUUGAAAAAUCUAUUAUUAAUAACAUUCAUUUACCUGCCACUGCUGUUCUCUCAACGGUUGAAAAUUAUCAACAUUUAUUCAAUGUUCUCAUUAGAAUUAUUUCUAAGAUAAAAACUCAAAAUAUACAUGGUUGUGCAUUACUACAAUGCAUCCAUGAGUUACAAAAUACAGGUGUUGUUGAAAUUAAUGUAGCCAUGCAAAAAAUGUUACGUUGUGGCCAUACAAUUUUUUACAAACAAUUAACCAGCUGGUUAUUAUAUGGACACUUAGAAGAUGUUCAUGGAGAAUUUUUUAUUCAAAAAAUUAAAACUACGGCUGACAACUCAUCUUUCUUUGGGAAUGUUAAUAAUUCCGGAGCAAAUGAAAAAUUAAAUGACAUGUGGAAUUAUGAUAUUGCCAUAGCCAUGCUACCAUCGUAUAUUACAUUAUCUUUAGCAACUAAAAUAUUAACAAUUGGUCAGACUAUAAUAGUAUUUGGUAAUGAUCCACGUCGAGGAACAGAUUUCAGUACAAUAGAGAGUUCUGAAAAUCCUGUCUGGGGUAAAAGAGAGCAUGAAUAUUUCCGAAAGCUUCAAAAUUUACAAAUGAAACCAGUCUUUAAUAUUGUAGAGCUUGAAAAUACGAUUAAUGAACUGAAGCAUUGUGUGACGAAGCUUUUAUGGCAUGUUGCAGUUAAUGAUGCCCAUCUAUUACAGCAACUGAAAUUGAUAAAAGAUUUUUAUCUUAUCGGUCGAGGAGACCUGUUUUUAGAUUUCAUUAAACUUACAUCACAUAUUCUCAAUAAAAUACCUGUGAAUCACACAUCAAGAGAUGUAAAUCUUGCAUUCCAGAUGACCAUAAGAAGAAUGUUGUUAAGUGAUGAAAAUUCUGUUGAUAAUUUCAACUUCUUAGUUCCAGUUCCAGAUAGUGAUUCAGAAAAUAUCAACAAUAAGAAUGUUGAACCUAUUCAAAAAGAUCGUCAAGAUCCUAUCGAUAAACAAGGAUGGGGAUUAAUUAUUUUACAAUACAGAGUGGUUUGGCCUCUUCAACUUUUAUUCAGUCCCAAGACUCUAAAUGAUUAUAAUAAUAUAUUUCGAUUUCUUCUUCGUGUUAAAAAGACCCAAAUUAAUUUAUGGAAUUUAUGGAGUGAACAUACUCGUUCCAAAGACAUAGAUAUUAGUGUAUUACAACUACGAAAUCAUCUUAUUUUUAUUCUCGACAAUUUACAAUAUUAUUUACAAGUCGAUGUACUAGAAAGUCAGUAUACAAUAAUGGAAAAUCGUGUUAAAAACACAGAAAAUUUCGAAGACGUACAGAUAGCACAUUCUACAUUUUUAGCAAACAUUCUGUCUCAAACGUUCUUGACUAAUACUAGUGGAAAAAGUAAGAAUCCAGUCAAUAAUUUAAUUCGUUUACUUUUACGACUCUGUGAUGAUUUUAUAUUACAUGCAUCAAUAUGGGAAGUUACACAUUUACUUAGUACUGAAAAAGAAGAGUUAAAAACACUCACUGAUACUCUGAGUAGUGUAAUGGAAUUAUUGAUUAAAACACUUAAUAGAGUUCGAGCACAACCAAGUGGUGCACAUUUAGCACAAUUACUGUUGCGUUUAGACUUUAAUCGAUGGUUUAGUAAACAAAUGUGAAUAAAAUAUAUUAAAAAUAACAUUA